CUCUUCUCCAGGGCUGCCCGUGCCAUGAGCAUGAGGAACCACACCUCUGUGACAGAGUUAAUCCUGCUGGGAAUUUCCAACACUGAAGGACUAGAGAGCAUGCUGUUUGCCCUGUUCCUGGUCUUCUAUGUCUUCACCUUGCUGGGGAACCUGCUCAUCUUCCUCACCAUCCUGGCUUCUCCCAACCUCCACACCCCCAUGUAUUUCUUCCUGGGGAACCUGGCAGUGUUUGACAUACUCUUCCCUUCUGUGAAUUCUCCUAAGAUGAUGGACUACCUAGUACGUCAAGGCCAAACCAUCUCAUACCAGGGUUGUGCCUCACAGAUUUUCUUUUAUCACAUCUUGGGGUGUACUGAGUGCUUCCUGUAUACAGUUAUGACCUAUGACCGCUUUGUGGUUAUUUGUUACCCUAUGAGAUACAGGAUCAUCAUGAACCAUAGGGUAUGUACUUGUCUCACAGUGGGCACUUGGCCAGGGGGCUUUGUCCAUGGGAGCAUCCUCACAUAUCUUUAA